AUGACCGAUUUAGAUCCAGCUCCACUACAUCGCUCAACAGAAAUUAAAGACUUAACACAUCUAACUGAAAAGGACAAAGAACACAUCGCUGAAGAUGUUCAAACAAGGGAUAGUUCAAUUCAUCGAAGUCCCGUAGUAGAAGACCUAGCUCACGUCUCACUGCAAGAUGCAGAUAAAUUAUUAGCCGCUGAUGAAACAAAAUAA